AUGGCACACUGCCCCAAAAAUGAAUACUUUGAUAAUUUGCUGCUCUCCUGUAAGCCGUGUCAUCUUCGCUGUUCUAGUACACCGCCACCUUCAUGUGAAAACUACUGUGAUAACAGUACUGAUUCAAGUGGAGUCCUUUGGAUUUGUCUGGGCUCAGGAGUAAUUUUAGUGCUCACUCUGUUCACCUUCAUGGUCUUGUUUAAAUGGAAGCAUCUAAAGCAACUAAAAGAAAAACUGAAAAACACAGACUCUUCUGUGGAGCUGGAUAAUAUUCUCAAGGCUAAUACUGAAGGCAGCAUGAAAACAGAAGGAACGAGACACUCACUUCAAAGCGAAACAUUAAUGUAUUCAGUGGAAGAAUGCACGUGCAGUGACUGUGGCCUCGUGCGACCUCAGACUGGCUGUGAAACUUCAUUUCCAUUGCCAGCUACAGAAGAAGGAGCGACUGUUCUAGUUACCACAAAAUCUUUUGAUUAUUGCAACUAUAUUCUGGGUGCUGGGUGA